AUCCGGGUCUCUCGGGUUCCUGUCUGGCGACCCGUCGCCAUUAGUGCAAGCUCGUUAUAACGGAUAUAUUUUUGUGGUAAAAACUUCAAAUUGUUACGUUUCCUAGCUUUCGGGAAACAGUUAACGCCUUUAUAAGGGCACAUUGUUUCCCUUAGCUAGAAAAGCCGUCAAUUUUAGGGGUCUUGGCCCCGCGUGGCGAGCUUUCGUCCUCUCUUCUAACAGCUUUCAUAACUUGAGACGCCAAAAUCGUGUCUCUUCUUUUUUCUCGGUUUUGUUUUGUUGUCAAGAUGUCGCCGUGAUGGGGUCUCCGCGUUUGAUAGAAAUGAAUCAGGGCCUUCGUCGCCUUACCCGCACUCACUGCAGCCCGCUUUCCUCCUCCGUUUUUCUGUUUGAUGCCAGAGAGCUCGGCGGCUCUCUGCCCGGAGCUCGGCCUCAGUACCGCUCACUGCAAGGAAACAAACAUGGAGAAAAACCCCAACAGCAACACCAAGGUUCCGCCCCGUUCCAGCUCAACAGGCCCACCGCCGGGCGACUCUAAACCCAAAACAGAAGGUAAGAAUAAUGGAGGCUCCAAGCGCUACAGCCGCAAGCGUGAGCCUUCCUUCCCCAAAACAGACAGUUUCACAGGCCCUCGUCACACCAAUUCACAGAAAAGCAAGAAUUUUGACAAGAGACCCACUCAGAGAGGUGGAGGACGGCAGUAUGGGGUUACAGGUGGAGGACGACGUGAGGAGGUAGCAGAGACACGCCGGGCCGAGUUUAGCCCGGCUCAAUUUGCUGGACCGAAAAAGAUAAGUCUGAACCACUUGUUGAACUUCACCUUUGAACCCCGUGGAGGUAAUGGUGGCUUCGGAGACAGUGGCCAUGCCUGCUGGGGCCGCCGAAACAAAUGGGGCCACAAGCACAAGCCCUUCAACAAGGAGCUUUUUCUGCAGGCCAAUUGCCAGUUUGUGGUGACUGAUGACCAGGACUACAAGGCUCACUUCACUGAUCCAGACACUCUGGUCAACUGGGACUGUGUGCAGCAAGUGCGCAUCAACAGCCAUGAGGUGCCGUCUUGCCCCAUCUGCCUCUACCCUCCUCUGGCAGCCCGCAUCACCCGCUGUGGACAUAUCUUCUGCUGGCCGUGCAUGCUGCACUAUCUGUCUCUGAGUGAUAAGAGUUGGUCCAAGUGCCCCAUCUGCUAUGAGGCCGUUCAAACCGCUGAUCUAAAGAGUGUGGUUGCUAUGGAGACCAGGCAGUAUGCAGUUGGUGACGUAAUCACCAUGUGCCUGAUGCGAAGGGAAAAAGGGGCUCUGGUGGCAAUGCCUAGCUCUCAGUGGGUGAAGGUGGAGGAGCCUGUUCGCUUUGGAGACGCAUGCCUGAGCCCGUUCUCCAAGCUGUUGCUGACCUCCUCGACGCAGGUCCUGAGCCUGGUAGCAGAGGAGAAGGCCAUACUGCAGGCUCAGCUCAGCCAGGAAGAGGAUGCCCAAGGCUGCUUCAUCCAGAGCGCGCUUUGUCUUUUGCAGGAGCGAGAGGAAAUGCUACUGAAGCAGCAGAAGCCAAUUACAGGAAACGGCUUUGACUUGUCCUUUCUGACUCUUGAAGAACCUGCUUCUCCUGUGGAGGAAGUGGUGACUAACAUUGGCAGCACCAAGCCUGUGCUGCAGUACUCCUCUGCAUUUGAUGAUGAGGUGGUAAAUGUCCCAGAGGGUGCCGCUGCACAGCUGCCAGAGCUCCCUGAGGGGAUUUUGGAGAGUGUGCAGGAGGAGCUUCCUGAGGCUGUGAUGGAUGCAGACACACAACCCCAGUCUGAUGAGGAGAGCCCUGCCUGCCAGCCAGAACCAGGCCGUGCCUCAUCAAGUGUGGUGCAUGGACCCUUCUACUAUUUCUACCAAGCUGACGACUGCCAGCACAUGUUCCUGCAUCCCGUGAAUGUACGCGGCAUGUUGCGUGAAUACGGCAGCUUGGAGGCCAGUCCUGACUCCAUCACUGCCACAGUUGUGGAGAUAGAGGGACACACAGUCACUGAGGAGAUCCGCCGUCGGCAUCGCUACCUGGCUCAUCUGCCGCUCACAUGUGAGUUCAGCAUCUGCGAGCUAAGCCUGCAGCCUCCAAUCCUGUCCAAAGAAACUCUGGACACAUUUGCAGAUGAGUUGGAGAAAAGAAAGCGCCUGAGACAGAAGAAGGCAAGAGACGAGAAGCGCAGAGAGAAGCGAAUUGAAAUCGAGGAGAACAAGAAGCAGGGGAAAUAUCCUGAGGUGCAUAUUGGACUAGAGAACCUGCAGCAUUUCCCAGCAUUCGGGUCUCCGCCUUACAACAGCAGCCCCCCGAUCCAGCCCGACUUCACUUUUGCUCCUCCUUCACCCCUCAGCAGCAGUCCUUCCUCUGAUGGGAUGAGAUUCCCGAGUCUGAAUGGGCAAUGCUCUUCACCCACUGUGGGUAGUGUGGAGGAUGACUCCCACUGCAUGUCCUUUGCACAGAUGCUUCGAGAUGGGAAAGCCAGAGUUGAUGCUGGGCCCAGGAUCACUCCAAAGAAAGAUAUGCUGCUAGCUCCUCCAGCGGCAGACAGCGACGGAGAGAGCGACGGGUCAGACCGGGUCCCAGUGCCCAGCUUUCAGAACUCCUUCAGCCAGGCUUUUGAGAAAGCUCUUCUGCAGCUGGACAACGGUCCAGCUUCUUCCCCACAACCUGUGGUUGUCCCAGAUGACAAAGGAGGAAAAAAGAAAAAGAAGAAACAGAAACUUCUGUUCAGCACAUCCAUGGUUCACACAAAGUAGACAACACUGAAGUCCAUCUAAUCAUAUUGUUUCUUGAGUUAAUCUUCCCACUGCUUGUGGUUUUACUUCCAUGCAGAUCCUUCUAUGAACUAUAAGCUACGGAAAAGGUUUUAGUAUGUAGCCAAAGUUCAUGCAGCAUUCGUCAUCAUUCUAUUAGCUGGUGCACCGUUUGGCAGAUAAGCCAUCCGUUACAUUCACAUUUUGUCCAAGUCAGUCAAAGCUUUGCAGCAACUUCCUGUCACACUGAAAGCCUUAUGGAUAACAUUUAGUUCAGACGCUGAGUAAAGCAAGAAAUGUAACCAGCUCUGCUAGCUUUCCAUGGAUACCUUAUUUGUUACGAGUGGUUCCAGCUUGUUUUCUGACUUUCCUGAAGUUGACCCAGACCACUGCAACUAUGAUUCCACGAGUAAUAUGGAUAAGAUUAUAGUAGGGUGCUUUAUAUUAGAGUAGCAGUCAGCCAGCUGCAGGUACGUCGCACCCUUUGAGUCUUUCCAGGAUACUCGGUGCUCAGACUGGAACUGCACCUUUUUAAACAAACGAAACAAAUAAAAGCUUUGAGUUUUCUGUCAGUGUUCAUCGUAGAUCAUAAUCUAGGCAAGCACUUCAUCACCUUUCAAGAAGAUAAACUUGGAAGGCUUUAAGGUCAAUUCCCUAGUAUUUUUAUAACAAAAAUAUGAAUCCAUGAGAUCCUAAUAGCAUUGCGAGGAAGUGAAAACAGUAUUGUAUUAAAGAGAUUAGGUCUGUUGGGUCAACAGAGCUCCAGUAUAUUCUGCGUGGUCAAACCAUAAAUACGCACUUUCCUCAGAUUCCGUUUUGUUCUUCUAUGUCCUCUUCUGUUGUAGGAUGUUUACUAACUUUUAACAUUACUCUCCCAGUUUAACUUCAGUGUUGCAAAUGUGUGGCGUUAGAGAAUUGCUGACAUUUGUAGAAUGCCCAAGAAACAGGCAAAAGUGGGUUGAUUUUUUUGUUUGAGGAUUUUCUUUAAUUCACCAUAUAAUUUUGAGCAAGUGGCUAGUGAAAAUAACUAGUCUGUUGAAAUGAAUAAACCAUUAUGCACAAUCAAAGAAUUGACUGUUUGUUGCUGU